AUGCAAGUCGAAGUCCGGAGUAGUGGGCAGGCUCCUAAGUAUAGUGAUCCAGAGUUAUUUACGAUUGAAAUUCACCAUGGGGUCGAUUAUCGCUAUAGGUCCACAACAUUGGGUUAUAUGGCAAUUCGAGGAGACUUGGAUGUGCUUGAGUUUCUGCAUGAGAUACCUGCAUCAAGGGUUCACGGUUUGUACAUCACAGAAAAGCCAGAACCCACCUUGUUAGAUAAUGAAGCCUCAACAGCUGUAUUCAACUUCAUGCGCCAAAAAUGGAGGGAAAUUCUUUUGGGCAAAAAAAGGGGCCAAAACGAAGGAACUAAUAGCUGA